AUGGCAUCAUUCAAGAUCGAGUUCAUUCCGCGGUCGUACGAGGAGAAAGAGACUUACCGCUGUGCCAAUGGGUUUGAGCUUCCGUAUUAUUCAGUACGCGCUAUCGCCCGUUCAGGCCAUAAGAGAUGGCAUAUCAAGGUGUCCUUUAGGUACAGGGUACCCAGCCAGACGAGGAAGAAAAAACCAGAAAGGCGCCUCGAGUUCGAGACUUUUAUCUUGCAUAUCGAUUUCGAUUCCCUUCCUCCCCUCAUCGACGACACUGUUACGGAGGUCGAGCUGACUUCCAUAACACAACCGAUCCCUCAAGAUUUGAUUCCCCCAGAUUCCCAGUCGGGGGCGCUUCCAUUAAAACAAAAAUUUAUCCCUCCUUUUACGCCCGAAAACAGAUUUGUUAAGGUCGCCAACAAGCUGAGAUAUACAGUACGGGAGGAUGUCUCUCGGGUGGUAUACCCCCAGCAGGUAGAAGAGUUGCCCGUGCCAACGAGAUGGAUAUCUGAUAUCAAACUAAAGGAAGAAAUCCCAAGUGUGGUUCCCUGGAUUUCUCGAGCUAAGCUUGACGACGGCGGAAGAUGGUACAUCUACAAAGAGAUUGAUAGGCCUUUUUACUGCCCGAGAGAUAGUGAUGUUAUGCAGCAAGAGCUAUAUAAUCUUAUACAGUUCCGGCACGUACCCAACAUAGUACAGUUAGUUGCUGUUAUUAUCUCCAGAAAUCCAUAUUUGACUACAGUUCGAGUUAAUGACAUACCUGUUAUACGAGGGGUCCUGCUUGAGUAUUAUUCGGGCGGAACGUUGGAGCUAAUAUUAAACAAGCUAGAUGGAAGAAACCUCCCCUGGCGCAGAUGGGCGCUCCAGAUUGCCGAUGGUCUCAACCAGUUACAUCUAAGAAAUAUCACGCAUAUGGAUCUUAAACCCUCUAACAUUGUGAUCGAUAGUGAGGAUAAUGCCGUUCUAAUCGACAUAAGCGGUAUUGGUGGGGUUACCCAUGAAUGGCUAGCGCCAGAGCUUCGAGAUAUCUUGGACCCCCUUUCUUUACCGUUUGAAGCACGCCAGAGAAAUGAUAUCUGGGCCUACGGUAAACUUCUACUGGCAAUGGCUGAGCUUAGUGGCAAUAUGAGAGAGAGAGAGCUCUUGGAGGGUGUCGCAUUUGGCGCGGUGAUAGAUGACCCCGCAUCACGGCUUAAUCUACCCUACAUCAUAUCUCAUCUCGGGCGACAACAUCCACAGAAACUUCCCCCAAACCACGUCCCGCGUUGA